AUGAAGUUCGAAAGUAAAGAGGGGAAGGUUAUAAGAAUAAUGUUUGCUGUUAAGCCAAAAAUUGGAAAUUUUAUGUCUUUUAGAUGUUUACUACGAUCUUCUGAGAGAGGGAAAUCGGAUCUUGUAACAUCAAACUUUUUAGAUGACCAGAAAAUCGCCGUGAUAACCCUGAAUAAUCCGAGUAAACUAAACGCCCUGACUGAACCAAUGGGGGACCAGCUCACAGCUCACGUGACCGAGCUCAAAAAUAAAACAAUUAGAGCUGCUAUAAUAACAGGAGCAGGGAAAGCUUUUAGCGCAGGGGGGGACCUGGAUUGGUUACUGCAAAGGCACAGGGAUACUCCAGACAAUAAUAUUCAGAUUAUGCAACAAUUUUAUCAAAGAUUUCUUGUUCUCCGAACAUUGGAAGUUCCUAUAAUCGCCGCAAUAAAUGGUGCUGCAGUAGGAGCUGGAUUCUGCCUGGCUUUGGGAGGAGCAGAUAUUAGAGUUGCAUCAUCCCAAGCUAAGAUGGGAUUAACAUUUACUAAGUUAGGAUUACAUCCGGGAAUGGCCGCAACACAUUUUCUACCACAACUUGCGGGUCCCCAGGUAGCAGCUGAGCUACUGUUAACUGGGCGACUUGUAACAGCAGGUGAAGCUGUCAGCAUGGGUCUGGUUGCCAGGCAGGCGGACGAUGCAUUGGAAGCAAGUUUAACAAUUGCACGGGAUAUUUGUAAUUCUGCUCCUAUAGCAGUACGUACAACCUUGGAAACCUUAAGGUCGAAACAGGACUUGGGGCUGGACCAGGCUUACAGGAGGGAAGCUACAGCCCAGGCUGAGUGUUACCCCUCCCAAGAUUUAAAGGAGGGAGUAACGGCACUGCAGGAGAAGAGAAAACCGGUUUUUACCGGAAAUUAACCGCGCUGACCUAAACAAUUUAAUUCUUAAAUCAUUUGAAAAAGUCUGAUUCUUCUUCCACAUUAAGUGAAGGGGAGAUUUUUCGAAGACAAAAAAUGUGGUCUUUUGAAAUUAAAUCAAUUAUUUUAAUUGAAAUUUUUUAAAUCCAUGAAAGAUAGUGUAACCUAAUUUUUCAA